GACAUGAACUCGGGUAGAGGAAGAUUUAAAAAGACGCGGGUUGGUAGCGGGUCACCGCGGCUGCGUAGCGUUCAGGGGUCCUUCAGCUCCCGCCACGACAUAUCUUCAUCAUGAGUGAAGCUGAUGCUCUCGUACGUAAAGUCAAUGAAUGGGUGGAUCUUCAGAAGAAAUGUUCCAGGAAGCUGAAGAACCUGGCGGAUGAGCUGGAGGAAGCGGUGAAGGCCGCCAACGUGACCAAAGUGGUCGGCAGCUCAGUCUCUGUGGGGGGAGCGGCCGCCAUGACGACGGCGGGCGUGUUGACGUUGCUGACCGGUGGAGCAGCACUUCCUGUUAUGGCUGCAGUGGGAGCUGCAGGAGCUCUGGCUUCUUGGACCAGUGCGGUAACCAGUGUUGGCUCUGAUAUGUACAGCGCCAGCAAGUCCAAAGACAUCAUGGAGGAAGCCCAAAAGGUUCUGGAAGAGCUACAGAGUCUUGAACAGGAAAUGAAAAACCUCAUUAAGUCACUGAAACAACAAGCGUCCAGCUUCCAUUGUGGUUCAGCUGCUGGUGGUGGUGGAGGAGAUGAUGUUGACGGCAACGUUAUGGAGUUUUUCAUGACUUCGAUGGCCAGACAGUUAGGGCUGGACGUCACUGGCAUCAUGUUCAGCGCGGUGUUUGGGUUACCGCGUAUCAACAUGUUCAAGAGGCUCAAAGCCAAUGAUCUUCUGAUCGCAGCUUGUCUCAAAAUCCUUACAAGAGCUCUGUUUGUGGCAGCCAAAGAAGGAGGGAAGAAAGCGGCUUCUUCUUUGGGGAAGAAAGCGGCUUCAAAAGCAGCUGGAAAUAUGGCAGGAGGAGCGGUCGGGCUUUUGUUUUCUGUUCCUGAGCUGGUUAGUGAUUGCCAAAACCUCGACAACAUCGAGACAGAAGCCAGUCAGACUCUGAGGGAAAAUGCCAGGACCGUCCGGAGCAGCGCCGAGGAGACGGAGAAAGAACUGCAGGAAAUAAGAGGAGCUCUUAAGAAGUUGGUGAGAAUCAAAUACAUCAUACAGAAGGAAAACAUGACCAGAGAUGAGAAGAAAGAGCUGAUUGACCACUUAAUUAAUAACACUCAUUCUCCAGAGCUCCAACAGUGGUUGAGAGAAAACGCAGAGUCUGAUAUCUUGGUCCAUCUGGUAAAUCUUGCCAAAUUUAUAGAAGAAAAGCUGAAUGAGGAGGAGGAGAAGAAGAAAGAAGGAUCGGGAGAAGAAGAAGAUUGA